AUGAAGACCGCUGCUGCUUCCGCUCUGCUCGUUGCCCUCUCAGCCACGGUUGCGCAGGCUCGUCCUGUCGCCGAUGAACGCUACCCAUACACAGGCCCGGCUGUGCCUGUCGGAGAUUGGGUCGAUUCCACCGUCAAUGGCAACGGCAAGGGCUUUCCUCGGCUGGUUGAGCCCCCAGCUGUGCGGCCGGCAAGCGCGAACCCUCGCAACAAUGUGAACGUCAUCUCCUUGUCCUACAUCCCCAAGGGCAUGCACAUUCACUACCAGACGCCCUUUGGUCUGGGCGAGACCCCGUCAGUGAUGUGGGGCAAGAACCCCCACGAGCUGAACAAGGUCGCUCGUGGUUACACCCACACUUACGACCGCACACCCUCCUGCUCCGAGAUCAAGAUCAUCACCCAGUGCAGUCAGUACUUCCAUGAAGUCAGUCUGGAUAAUCUCGAGCCGGGCACGACCUACUACUACCAGAUCCCAGCCGCCAACGGCACGACCAAGUCGGAUGUGUUGAGCUUCAAGACCGCGCGCGAGGCCGGCGACAAGGGAUCCUUCAGCGUCGCCGUGCUGAACGAUAUGGGCUACACCAACGCGCAUGGCACGCACAAGCAGUUGAUCAAGGCCGCCAACGAGGGGACGGCCUUUGCGUGGCACGGCGGCGACAUCAGCUACGCCGACGACUGGUACGAAGGCAUCCUGCCGUGCGAGUCCUCCUGGGACGUCUGCUACAACGGCACGAGCACGAAGCUGCCCGGCAAACUCCCGGUGCCGGAGGAGUACAAGAAGCCUCUUCCCGCCGGCGAGGUUCCCAACCAGGGUGGUCCGCAGGGUGGCGACGUCAGCGUCAUCUACGAGUCGAACUGGGAUCUGUGGCAGCAGUGGCUGACCAACGUGACCGUCAAGAUCCCCUACAUGGUCAUGCCGGGUAACCACGAGGCGGCGUGCGCCGAGUUCGACGGACCCGGCAACGUGCUCACGGCUUAUCUGAAUGAUGAUGUCGCCAACGGCACCGCUGCGGCCGCUAAGCUGAACUACUACAGCUGUCCUCCUUCUCAACGUAACUUCACCGCUUACCAACACCGCUUCCGCAUGCCCGGCGCGGAAACCGGCGGCGUCGGCAACUUCUGGUACUCGUUCGACUACGGGCUCGCGCACUUUGUCUCGAUCGACGGCGAGACCGAUUUCGCCAACAGCCCCGAGUGGCCCUUUGCCGAGGACAUCAAGGGUAACGAGACCCACCCCACCGCCGCGGAGACCUUCAUCACCGACAGCGGUCCCUUCGGAGCCGUGGACGGCAGCUACAAGAACACGAAGAACUACGCGCAGUACAAGUGGCUGCAGCAGGACCUGGCCAAGGUCGACCGCAGCAAGACGCCCUGGGUGUUCGUCAUGAGCCACCGCCCCAUGUACAGCUCGGCGUAUUCGUCGUACGAGAAGCACGUGCGGGAUGCCUUCGAAGGCCUGUUGCUGAAGUACGGAGUUGAUGCGUACCUCUCCGGACACAUCCACUGGUACGAGCGCUUGUACCCUCUCGGCGCCAACCAGACCAUCGACACCGCCAGCAUCAUCAACAACAACACCUACAUCGCCAACAACGGCAAGUCGCUCACCCAUAUCAUCAAUGGUAUGGCCGGCAAUAUCGAGAGCCACAGUGAGUUCAGCAAGGGCCAGGGGCUGACCAAUAUCACCGCCGUGCUGGAUACCGUGCACUACGGAUUCAGUAAGUUGACCGUCAAGAGCGAGACCGAGGUCAAGUGGCAGUUUAUCCGCGGCGAUGAUGGGUCCAUUGGUGAUGAGGUUACGCUGCUGAAGCCGGCGGCGGGGUUCGGUAGGAGAGUAAUUGUCGUAGCUUUCUGA